AUGGUGUUUGCUCGAUCUGCAAGAAUGUUUGCUCGUGGUGGUCGUAUGCCAGCUAUCACAAUGGGUGCGUUUGCUGCUACAGGCAUGGCCUAUAUGGCCAUUCGUCCUGAACCUACCAAGGUACACGCUGAACAAAAAAUGUCAUUCUGGGAAACGUUGCCUGGUGAAAACGUGCCUGUCAAUCCUGGUUUGGCCAAGCUACGAGGUCCAGCAGCUGAAGAACGCUUUCGCACGGCCCUUUCACAAAACAACGGCAAGACCGACUUUGAUGUUGUGAUUGUGGGUGGUGGUAUUAUUGGCUUGGCAACUGCACGCGAGCUAUUGAAGCGAUUCCCCAACAUGACCGUUGCUGUUCUUGAAAAGGAACGUGAAGUUGCCGCUCAUCAAACCGGUCAUAAUAGUGGUGUCAUCCAUGCCGGUAUUUACUACAAGCCUGGUUCACGUAUGGCAUACACUUGUGUGCGUGGUGCAGAGCUCAUGUAUGAAUACUGCAAGCAAAAUCAACUACCUGUGGAACGCUGUGGCAAGCUUAUUGUGGCUGUCAACGAGAAGGAGCACAAGGAGGUAGAACGCCUCUAUAAGAUCGCCACCACAAACGGCGUCAAAGAUCUGCAAGUUCUAGAUAGUGAGGAGAUCCGUCGUUUGGAACCCAACGUUGUUGCCUACUCUGCUCUUUAUUCCCCCAACACCGGUAUCACCGAUUAUGGAUUGGUUGCUCAAUGCAUUGCCAAUGAGAUCGUUCAAUCUGGCCGUGCAGAGAUCAAGCUUGCCUUUGAAGCUAGCAAAUUCGAACAACGCCCUGAUGGUCGUAUCGAGAUUUGGGGUGUGGAACCUAAGCAACGUGGUCCUACACUCAAGGUAUCAGCCAAGAAUGUUAUUACAUGUGCUGGUUUCUAUUCUGAUCGUGUCGCUGGAUUGGCUGGUGGUAAUCCUAACAAAGCCAAGGUGGUGACCUUCCGUGGCACUUACUACCAACUCAAGCCCGAAUAUCGUGGCAUUUGCCGUAUGAAUGUGUACCCAGUGCCCAGUGGUGGUGGUAUCCCUGUCGGUGUUCAUUUCACCCCAACUGUCAAUACUCGUCGUGGUAUCCAAAUGAUUGUGGGUCCUGGUGCAUGCCUUACUUUCACUCGUGAAGGCUAUAGCUUCUUUGACUUUAAGUUGUCUGAUCUUUGGGAUUCGCUUACCAACGGCAACUUGAUGAUGUUUGCACUCAAGAACCCAUCACUUUCCAUUGGUGAAUUAUACAAGGAUAUGAACAAGCGUGCCUUUUUGCGUGCUGCUCAAGCCUAUGUUCCUGGUCUCACUGAAGAUAUGGUUGAGGAAAGCUUUGCUGGUGUCAUGUCACAAGUUUUUGAAGAUGGUGGUAUUGCUGCCAACGACUAUAUCUUGGAACGUAAGGUCAUGGAUGGCAAGAUUCUUUGUGUCCGCAACGCUCCUACUCCUGCAUGCACAGCAUCUCUUGCUAUUGCAGAAAUGCUUGCUGAUACUGCCACUGAGGACUUUGGUUGGGAAGGUGCCGAAAAGAUCACUGAAAACAAGAAGGUCGCUGCUGCCGGUACUCAACAAGUUGUGUCUGCUGCUGCAUAA